UCCGUUGAUGGUUUAGUCUCCUUUGCCCCUUCAAAGAAGAGAGAGAGAGAGAGAGAGAGCACACAGUGCUUCUCUGCUUCUCUCAUUGCCAUUGGCGCCAAGAGUUCCUCUGAUACUUCCCAUCUUUCUCCCUUUUAGCUUCAGGCCAGGCAAAGCGGUUAAAAGGAAGAAGCUAACUAAGCAUGGGUGACGAAACAUGUCUGAAGAAGAAUAAGAAGAAAAGGCUGAACCGGCGCAAGGAAGAAAAUAAGGGUACCAAUAUAUCGGAUCUACCCAACGCCCUUAUCUGUGAGAUAUUAUCCAACCUUCCCACCAAAGAGGCAAUUCGGACAAGCGUGCUAUCCAAACAUUGGAGGCAUCAGUGGAAGAACAUCUACAAAUUUGAGUUGAAAGAAGAAUCACAUGACAGGAGAGAAAACUUCAAGGACUUCUUCGUCAAGAGGUUACUCAGGGGAUGUAACAAUUCCUUGUCCCUCAAGAAAUUCUGUCUCAGCUGCGAGGUGGGUGAGGAUGCUGCUCUCAUUAAUAUAUGGCUCACGGCCUUCAUUAGCAGCGGAAUUGAAGAGCUGAUUCUUGAUUUCGAGAGUGUUACGGAGCAACUGUACUUCCCUGAAGGCGUGUUUAAUUCCCCAACGCUCAAAAAGUUUCAUCUCAGCAUGCCCUUCGCCCUCAUCCUUCCUCUCAACUAUAACUUCAAGAAUCUAAAGGAAUUGACUCUCAAACAUGUUGUGUUCCAAGAUGGGCCCUCAACACAGCAGCUCUUCUCCAGCUGCCGCUCCCUCCAGGACAUGACCCUUGUUGACUGCAACUGGAUGAAUGUUGGAACCGUCUGCAUUUGUUCUCCCUCGCUUCAGAGCUUGACAAUAAGGGAAUGGAAUGAUGAUGAUGAAGAACAAGAAGAGGAAGAAGAGGAGAAUGGCAGAAAUCAGCCUCCUUCUCAAUGCCAGAUAGUGAUAAUUGGAUCUAAGUUGAAGACAUUUUCAUACGAUGGUGACAUGGCAAACCAUUAUUUCUUUUAUUGCACAGGUUCCGUAGUGAACGCAAGUGUUUGUAUUCGCGCAUGGCAAAGUAGUUUGGAGAAUGCGUUUUUCGUGUUCAAAAUGCUGAAAGCCUUCCCGAGUGUGGAGAAGCUGUCCAUCACCGACGCCGCCAUAGAGACACUGUGCCACGCGCCCUGUCUGAUCCAGCAUCUGCCUCGCUUCAACAAGCUCACGCAGCUUCAAGUCCAGACGGACAUGCCAAUGAACUUUCCCUGCGCAGCCUUCAUCACCAUACUGCGCAACUCACCAUGCCUUCAAACCCUUGAGUUUGAUAAUAAGGGGAUCUAUGCGGCUGAGGAGGGAGACGGUGCAGGUGCAUUGAGCAUACCAGCAUGCUUUGGGUCACAUCUGAAGAAGAUCACCAUACAUGGCUUCUCUGGAAAUUCGUUGGAGCUGAAUGCGAUCAAGUAUUUGCUGCGAGCGAUGCCGGUGUUGGAGGAAUUCAACAUUUACAGCAGUGCCUAUGUUGUCAACUCAGUUGGUGGGGUCGACAGGUUGGAGGAUUUGUACAACAAGAUUAUUGCCUUUCCUAGAGCUUCCCAGGAUUGUGAUCUUUAUUUGGAGUAAUGAAGAA